AUGGCAGAACCUGCAUAUAUUGUGACAUCUGACAGCGAAACCACUGGAGAAGAAAAACCAUCUACUUUUUCUGAAAUAGCAAUUGGAAUUGAUAUUGGCACAUCACAAUGUAGUGUUGCUAUGUGGAGUGGUUCCCGAGUCGAACUUUUGAAGAACACAGGGAAUCAAAAGAUUAUGAAAUCAUAUGUAACUUUCAAAGGUAAUACCCCUUCUGGUGGGGUCUGCAGUCAACUCUCCCAUGAGGAUGAGAUGUUGUCUGGAGCCACGAUUUUCAACAUGAAACGCCUGAUUGGCAGAGUUGAUACCGACCCAGUUGUCCAUGCAAGUAAGAAUCUCCCAUUUCUAGUGCAGACAUUGGACAUUGGUGUUCGCCCAUUUAUUGCCGCAUUAGUGAACAAUAUGUGGAGAUCCACUACUCCAGAAGAAGUCCUGGCGAUAUUUCUGGUGGAAUUAAGGGCAAUGAUUGAAGCUCAGCUGAAACGAAGAAUAAGAAAUGUGGUUCUUACAGUUCCAGUUUCAUUCAGUCGAUUUCAGCUAACCCGGAUAGAGCGUGCUUGUGCCAUGGCUGGCCUUCAUGUUCUCAGGUUGAUGCCUGAACCAACAGCUGUGGCUUUGUUGUAUGCACAGCAACAACAGCAAAAUGCUCAUGAGAAUAUGGGCAGUGGAUGUGAGAAAAUUGCUCUCAUUUUCAAUAUGGGUGCUGGUUAUUGUGAUGUUGCUGUCACUGCUACAGCGGGAGGAGUUUCACAGAUUAAAGCUUUGGCAGGAAGUACCAUUGGUGGUGAAGACUUGCUUCAGAAUAUGAUGCGUCAUCUGUUGCCAGAAUCUGGAAAUCUAUUUCAGAACCACAGGGUCAAAGAAAUUAAACGGAUGGGCCUGCUUCGAGUUGCAACCCAGGAUGCAAUUCACCAGCUUUCCUCUCAGACCAGCGUUCAGGUUGAUGUAGAUUUGGGAGAUGGUUUGAAGAUAUGGAAGACUGUUGAUCGGGAGGAGUUUGAGGAGGUAAACAGAAAGGUGUUUGAGAAAUGUGAAAGCCUUAUCAUCCAGUGUUUGAAAGAUGCCAAGGUAGAAGUUGAAGAUGUAAAUGAUGUGAUAGUUGUUGGUGGAUGCUCUUAUAUCCCAAGGGUGAAGAAUCUUGUUGCUAACACUUGUAAAGGGAAGGAACUUUAUAAAGGCAUGAAUCCGUUGGAAGCUCCUGUUUGCGGUGCAGCACUGGAAGGAGCAGUCGCUUCAGGCAUCAAUGAUCCCUUGGGGAACUUGGAUUUGUUAACUAUUCAAGCCACACCUCUUGCCAUUGGCAUUCGUGCUGAUGGGAACAAAUUUGUGCCCGUAAUUCCGAAGGAUACAGCAAUGCCAGCACGAAAGGAGCUAGUUUUCACAACAAUCCAUGAUAAUCAAACAGAGGCGUUGAUUAUUGUGUAUGAAGGUGAGGGGGAAAAGGCAGAAGAAAACCACCUAUUGGGAUAUUUCAAGAUAAUGGGAAUACCUGCGGCGCCUAAAGGCAUGCCAGAAAUCAAUGUGUGCAUGGACAUAGAUGCUGCAAACGUGCUAAGAGUUUUAGCUGGUGUUGUGAUGCCUGGUUCUCGCAAACCUGCAAUUCCUGUUAUGGAAGUAAGGAUGCCAUCGGUGGAUGAUGGGCAUGGUUGGUGCGCUGAGGCACUAAAUAGAAGCUAUGGUGCCUCACUGGAUUUGGUUACUCUCCAGAACAAGGCGUAA